ACAUAUAUGUAUAUUCAAUCAGAGACUCUAAAUGCAUAUACAUAUAAUAGCACACUUGUAUAGCCAAUAGCCGGUGUGGGUUAUUAGAUUUGUAUUUUUAUCAUGAUCUAAUAAUCUAAUUUGUGAAUUUUGCUUUUGUAUUGCCAUUUGUGAAUAAAUAUUUCUAGCAUAAUGUUAAGUAUUAUUCUAUGUCGUCGCAUGUUACGGACUGGAUAUAAUGAAAAUAAUCUCUGGACCAGAUCAUUUGUAACGUGUUCAAUUAAAUCACGAAGACAAAUUACUUAUCGCGAAGAAGUUUUAUCUCACAUUUUGACACGUACUCUAAUAUACCCUGCCAUUGGAAUUAGGUGUUGCAGUGGAAAUGUAAUUGAUCGUACACAGAAAAAGAAAUCUAUUAUAAGUUCUGUUAAAUUUCCAUUGGUAAUACCUGGAUUUACUGGGGGAAAAUCAGGACAACAAAAAAGAGAUUGUUUUCAUCCUGGUGUAUCUAGUUUAAGCCAUGAAUGUAUUGAUGUUCAAGAAAGGGAGGCAAUUAAAUCUGCAAAUAUGAUUAGAGCAAUGCUUAGAUAUAUUUGGCCAAAAGAUGAUCCAGAUAUUCGAAGAAGAGUUAAAAUAGCCAUGGGUUUACUUGUUGGUGCAAAAGCUCUAAAUGUUGGCGUUCCUUUCAUUUUUAAAUGUGCAAUAGAUACUCUUAAUACCCAACACAUGGCAACUACUGGUAAUGCCAUUUUAAGUCUAGAAACUGGAUCAGAUACGGUUGCAACAGUAGCAACAUCAUUACUUAUUGGAUAUGGAAUAGCACGUGCUGGUGCAGCUGGAUUUAGUGAAUUGAGAAAUGCAGUAUUCGCAAAAGUUGCUCAUCAUUCUAUUCGUAAAAUAGCUAAAAAUGUAUUCUUGCAUUUACAUAAUUUAGACAUGGCUUUUCAUUUAGGUAGACAAACUGGAGCAUUAUCUAAAACAAUAGAUAGAGGGAGUCGUGGUAUAAAUUUUGUAUUAAAUGCUAUGGUAUUUAAUAUUAUUCCUACUGUCUUUGAAUUAUCAUUAGUUAGUACAGUCUUAUAUUUAAAAUGUGGAGCAGAAUAUGCAAGUAUUGCUCUUAGUUGUGUUGGAAUUUAUGCAUUAUUCACAUUGGCUAUUACUCAAUGGCGAACGAAAUUUAGAAUUUUUAUGAAUCAAGCAGAAAAUGAAGCAAGUAAUAAAGCAAUAGAUUCACUUAUCAAUUAUGAAACAGUAAAGUAUUUUAAUAACGAAAAAUUUGAAGCUGAAAGAUAUGACGAAUCGUUGAAGAAAUAUGAAAUUGCAUCACUUAAAACAAGUACAAGUCUAGCAAUGCUAAAUUUUGGACAAAAUGCUAUAUUUAGCGCUGCACUUAGUUUAAUAAUGGUACUAGCAUCCAAUAAUAUUAUAGAGGGUACCAUGACAGUAGGAGACUUAGUAAUGGUUAAUGGUCUUUUAUUCCAACUAUCAGUUCCCUUAGGAUUUUUGGGUUCAGUAUAUCGUGAAGUUAGACAAGCUCUCAUCGAUAUGCAAACUAUGUUUACUUUGAUGGCAAUGAAUACUGCUAUUAAGUCUAAAGAGAAUGCAACGCACUUUCAUAUAACUUCAAAGAAUUCGGAUAUUGAAUUUAAAAACAUUAGCUUUCACUAUGUUGAAGGCAAGCCUAUUUUUAAAGAUAUUAAUUUUACUAUUCCAAGUGGUAAAAAGAUAGCUAUUAUUGGCGGAUCUGGUUGUGGUAAAACAACAUUAGUAAGAUUGUUAUACCGAUUUUUUGAACCACACUCUGGAGCUGUUUUUAUAAAUGGACAUAAUAUUCGAGACAUUGAUUUAGAUAUCUUAAGAAAAUCAAUAGCAAUUGUUCCUCAGGACACUGUUCUCUUUCAUGAAAGUAUCUUUUACAACCUUCAUUAUGGUAAUUUAUCUAAAAGUAAGGAGGAUGUUUUUGAAGCUGCCAAAAUGGCAAAUUUACAUGAUUCCAUUCUUAAAUGGCCAAAAGGAUAUGAUACACCUGUUGGAGAACGUGGUUUAAAGUUAAGUGGUGGUGAAAAGCAACGAGUAGCAAUUGCUAGAGCAAUUUUAAAAAAUAGCCCAAUAUUAAUUUUUGAUGAAGCCACAUCAUCUCUAGAUUCUAUUACAGAACAUAAUAUUCUUGAAGCAUUACGUAGAGCAACUGUUGGCCGGACUUCCAUUGUUAUAGCCCAUCGAUUAUCCACUGUUAUGGAUUCAGAUGAAAUUUUUGUAUUAGAUAAUGGUAGUUUGAUUGAAAGAGGAACACAUGACUCUUUAUUAGCGGUGCCAAAUUCUUUAUAUUGCAAAUUGUGGGAAACACAACACAUAGGAAUGCUCAAAUCUAGUCAAGAAAAAGAUAAUAACUGUAGAACUCCAGGAGUUUGAAACAGAAAUUGUAUAAUGCACAG